CGCAGCUACAUAAGGGCGGCCAUCGCGCAGCUGUCAAGGAGCGGCACCCCCACCUUCUCCUCCACACCCCCCACCUAGCCGCCUCCAACACCAUGUUCCUCCGCACCUUUGCCGCCCUCGCCGCCGCCCUCGCGCUCGCCAGCGCCUCGCUCGCGCAGCCCGCCGCGCGCAGCGACCUCGAGAGCCGUGCGCCUCCGGACCUGCAGGUCUGGGUCACGUCGAGCACCGACUUCUGCGUCAUCCUCCCGCGCGCCAAGUACAGCACCAUCGGCGACAGCGAGUUCCCCGGCGGCGCCAAGAGCUACUGCACCAAGCGCUACGACAGCAGCCAGGGCAAGGUGCCGGCCAAGUUCUUCACCAGCGGACCGUUCGUCUCCAAGGCUCGCGGCAAGUCGGGCGGCCGCCAGGUGCAGCUCACCGGCUGCAUCAAUGCCAGCGCUAGCCCGCGCCUGCAGCCCAACGACGGCGGCGGCCAGUACGACAGCGCGCCCGGCGGCACCGACGGCAAGGGCAACCCGGCCGGCUCCGUCUGCCUCGGCUACAACCACUACGUGCAGAUUGUCGAGCCCGACGCGAACCGCAUCUGCAUUCGCUGCUGCGACAACCAGUCCGACUGCCCGCUGCAGUUCGACACGUCGGGCUGCAAGAAGAUCAUUCCCGGCCGCUACGACGGCUGCUAGUCGCCUCGCCUCUCGGCAAGCACGUGCGCCGCCAAAGCCGCCUCGACCCCAACCUCGUCUUGAGCCCGCUUCGUCCGCCCCUCUUCGCCACGUUCCGCCUUUUCCAGCCCAUGACACUUUACUCACCCACGCCGCCCUCGCGCUCUCGUGCCUCCUGACCCAGCUUGUACUCCUACUCCUUGUCACGUCUGCGCUCGCAUCCGCAAUGCCGCAUCGUGUCUUGUCGCG